AUGAGUCAUAACAUCUCUGCUGCUACUGAGUCACUUGGGAGUCUUACUUAGAAAUUACAGUCUUUGUUAGAGAAAUGUGAUACGUUGUGACAGUGUGAGCUAGGCAAGGCGCUCAGUGUAUGGAGACUCAUGUGCACCUGAGGAACUGAAAUACUCCAUGGUGUGGGCAGGAACAGAGUUUAAGGCUGAUGACCAAAUCAAUCCACGUAAUAGGAAAGGGUCGCGUGUUAGUUUUGUUGGAGGGGGGUGCAGGCUCUUUAUUACUCGGUGAGAGAGCUGGCAGAUGUCCCAAGUGAGAGAACCUCUUCCUCCAGGGCCUGAAGGGCCAGAGCGGGCUCCGACUGAAAACAGCUCUUUACUCUCACUCCCUCGAGAAAAAUCCGACCAAGAAAAUACUGCUGAAGGAGAUAAAGACAUAAUACAGCCUUCCAAUAACCAAAGUAUACAACCAGAGAUACAGGAGCAGGCUGUCUGGGGAAAUCACACUGAUGGUGACCUCAUCAGAACACAACCUCAACGUUUGCCUCAGCCGAAUAUUUCAGCCCUGGAAAGGGGUGAGGAAGAAAGCGGCAAAAUACAAAAUGGUCAUGCGGGUCUGAGCAAUGGAAGUGGAAUUCACAAUGGGGUCAAGCAUAUAUCAGCAGACAACAGAAAACUUUCAGCUCCUGUUUCAGAAAAAAUGCACAGAAAAAUUCAGUCCACCUUGUCUGUCAACAGUGACAGCAGCAAGAAGAGUAAAAUAAGCUCUGCGUUUUCUCAGAAGCCAGGUACUUCACCUGAAGAUUGCUGUGUUCACUGUAUCCUGGCUUGCUUGUUCUGUGAAUUUCUCACCCUCUGUAAUAUUGUUCUGGGACAAGCAUCCUGUGGCAUCUGCACAUCGGAGGCCUGCUGCUGUUGCUGCGGAGAUGAGAUGGGGGAUGACUGUAACUGCCCAUGUGAUAUGGACUGUGGCAUAAUGGACGCAUGUUGUGAAUCUUCAGAUUGUUUGGAGAUCUGCAUGGAAUGCUGUGGGAUUUGCUUCCCAUCAUGAAAUAUUUAUCCCAUUUUAUUUUAUUCUGUUAAAAACUGGAGAGCUUUUCUUUAAAUCCAUCUGAAGAAAGAUAAGAUAAUAUUCUCACACAACCAACUGGUAUUGCACUGUUAGUUCCUAUAUAUAAUUUUUUUUUUUUUAUUAAGCAAUCCCUGAAACCGGUAUUCUAACACAAUUUGUAUAGUUUUGUAUGUGAAACUCAGGCUACGUUCCAGCUUCCUUUUGGCUUUGGAAAUGGGAGAAUUUACUGGAACUGAAUUAUAGGCCUGAUACUGCAGGUUGUACAAAGGCAAAAUUGCCAUUUGAAUUUAGUGACAGGUUUUGGUCAGAGAAAAGACUGCAGGUCAAAGCCUUAAGUGUUUGCCUUUACCUACUUUAAUGGUUAAGCGUUUGAGUGCCUCCAUACAUAACAUACCCUUAGAGGAGUUCUUGCAAGCAAAAUGUCUUUAUUUUAAUCUCUGUAGCUUGAAUGUAACCUUGUUCUUUAAUUUUAAACUUAAUUUAAAAGUCUGCAGCAGGAAUCUACAGCUGGUUUUGCUACAGAAAUUACAUCAGAAAUUUUUCUUUUAUUUCCUGUUUCCCAUAAUUUUGAGAGAGGUUCCUGGUAUUUUCCAUGGUUUAUAACUGAUAGUGGGUGCAGAUUUGGCUAACUAAAGGCAAUCUGAGUUUUGCCGCCUAUUACCAAGGCUUCACUGAGACAAGGCAGAAUAGAGAACUUACAUUUUGCCUCAGUAUUACUUGAAAUGUUUAUUUUUAUGAAGAGACUUUAGAAGUCUGGGUGGACAUAAAAUACAUCCUUGCAUUUGGACUACCAAAUCCUUCAAAAUUUGGCUAUAAAAGGGAAAUUAUCAAAAAUUAACUCAAGAUUCUAAGCCUGUGUAUUAGUACCCUGUCCAUUUUUUGUGGCUUUGCAACCACUGUCACCUAACUUAAUAUUUUGUUCUUUACCAUGUGAGAAAGAUCCAUAGAGGAUAUAAACAGGAUAUAACGACCACAUUAAAUUAACUAGUCAAGGAAUUCUGUCAUCAAAUGCAGAGAGUAAAUGUAAAAAUGUUUAUUCAAAAGCACUUCUUUUAGGUGCUGUUUUUAAAUAAUUCUUUUUAAAAGGAUUCAGUCGGCAAUUUUUUCCCUAUGAUACCAUUACAGAUUUUCUCAGAAAGCUUUUUUUUUGUCAUUGUAAUUGGAAGAUGGAUUUGGUCCAACACACAGAGAUUUAUGGCAUUCCCAGAUUUAGGGAAAAAUGGUACCCACUUUCUUUACCAUUUUCUAAUUUCUCCCCUCCAUCUCUGUAGCUCAUUAACUUUCCUGUGUAAAACACCUGUAUGCCGUGAUCUCACAUAAACUUAAGCUUUGCUAUCUACACUCCAGAUUUCCUAUUUAUAGGUAGUUGGAUCUAGUAAAUGUAGGCCUUGUUACAAGACUCAUUGAUAGCUAACGUGAUGUCCCUAUUAAGUGAAUUGACUGUAAAGGUCUCUUUCCACUGUAGUGAAUUCAGUUUAUAUAAAUGUGACAAACUAAAGAUCACAGGAAUGUGAAGCUAAGUCAACAUAUUGUCUGUUAUUAACCAAAAGCUUCUUCCUACGAACACUGACUAGUAGUGCUAACUACUGCAAGUUACCACUGAAGGUAAAAUAGCUGUAUCCUCGACUAUGCUAGGGAGCUGGGAGGUGGUACAUUUUGCAUUAGCAUCUGCAGUAUUGUGGUAUACUCUAAUGCGAUGCAGAUUUACUCAGAGGGCGUCUUGUCUGUUUUUUUUAUGGUUACUA